AUCAUGGUCGAUAGUAUCAAAUGCAGCACUGAGAUCGAGCAAAACAAGAAUAGAGACAAGUCCCUUGUCAGAGGCUAUUAGAAUGUCAUUUGUGACUUUAACCAGAGCUGUCUGUAUGUCCGUCCCUCAAUUCCUUUGACCACCGUUCAUCAGUGGUCUUCACACAUCGGGUCGGUCAUACUGUUGUACAAAAGUAUACAAACAAAAUAGGGUAACAACAAGAAACGAGACUAAAAACAAAGUAAUCUAAGAUGCAAACAUUUGACAAAUUACGGAAAUUAGCACCAGAGAAACAUAAACCAAUGGAAACACCUGGUGAUACAUCAUAUCGAUUAUUUUGGCCUUUAGGAGAAAACGGCCACAUCUGAUCAGUUGUGGCCAAAAGGAUUAAGUCAAAGACGUGAUGAAGAGACCUUUUUCACAGCAUCAUUUUCACUUGUCAGUAGAAAAAUCUGUGUACCCAAUAACGAUUAUAUUCUAUAAGCCAUCCUAGUUUGACAGUUUGCCAGCAUGAAGAGUACAAUGACCCUGUAACCAACAAUAGCUUUAUUUACAACAGGCUUUAGGAUUGGUUUCAGGGUUCCUCAAUCUCAUUGAUUUGAUGUGUCUGUAUAGGAAGUGUGGCCCUACCUACGGUAAGUGGGUGUGGCUCUAGCUUCCUGUUUAGUAACAGUCUAUGGAAAUUCCACCUGGUCUGGUGAUUUCUGCUGAAACAAAAGCCUGCAGUACUUUUCCAUUCAGUCAAGGCUUUGUGUUAUAACGAAACUUAAAAGCACAAUUAAUAAUAAAGAACAGCAAUCAUAAGCCUUUUUCAUUUUUCAGCGUGCACAACUGUUUAACUUUAUAAUGCAAAGUAUGAAGAAGACAUAUACAAUGCAUUUAAAAUGUUAGGUUCGAAAAUAUUGCAUUUGAUUUAAAUACUUAAAUGGCUUUCACCAUCAUUCUGACAAUCUCAACAUGUGUCUCCUGUUGAUAUGUGUAGUGAAUAUUUUAUAAUAAAAACUAUAUAAUACAUUUCAUCAGUUUUAGUAAAUGUGUAUUACAAUGGGAGAGACUUAUAUCAGGAAAUCGACUAAGCAGCAUUGGUUCAACUUAGUUCUUCAAACGAUUUAUAAACUCAAUGUGAAUAACACUGACGUUAACCAGACUUAAAAUCACCAUGAUCACAACAUUGAUGUUAAGCAGACCAUUUCAACAGAAAUGUUCUUCUUCUCUAACUAAAUUAACUCACUGAUCUAUCCACUUCUUGUCUAAUACUAAUAAUAUGUAUUCAUAAUCAAAGUUGGUAAAUGUUCAUAGAAAUUAGUAAGAACAAAGUAUAAAACAUUGGCAUCUGAAAGCACCUGGGGUGUGGCUCUUUAUAGAUGGUAGUAGGAAGACAAAUACCUCUCUCUGGAAUCAAGCACUAACUGGAAACCACUCCCACUUGGUAUAUUGUUAGUCUCAUGCUCGAUAUUCAGAGGCAGUGAGAGGUGACAUGGCGCAGCAAAGACAUCAGCGCGGACGGGACGAACUGUGCUGUUUUAUCUGCAAGAAUCUGAUGAAGGAUCCGGUGACUAUUGCCUGUGGUUACAGCUACUGUAAGAGCUGUAUUAGUAGACGUUGGGAUAGAGAGAAGGAGCAGAAUGAAAUAUGCAGCUGUCCUCAUUGCAGACGGACCUUUGAAUCAAGGCCUGUCCUGGUGAUAAGCACAUUGUUGGCAAAUUUAGUGGAGGAAGAGAAGAAGAAGACAGAACCCAAGGCUGGUCCAUCUGAUCCCUUUGAUGCUGGACCUGGAGAAGUGGGAUGUAGUCCUACAGGGAGAAAGAGGAAGACGUCCUCUCUGCAGCCUCACUAUGAAGAUCCAUUAAAGAAAACCAAGCUCAUUGAAGCUUCGAAACGUCAUGAAAUGAGUGAGAAGCAGAAAGAGCAAAAAAUCCAGCAGAAAAUCCAGAUCAGAGAGAAAGAUUUGAAGGAGCUUCAGCCGGAGGUGAAGUACAUCAAUCGCUCUGCUGAAAAAGCAGUGAGGGAAAGCGAGACGAUGUGUACUGAAUUAGUCAAACUCAUUGAGAAAAUAAGCUCUGAUGUGAAGCAGAAGAUUAUGUCCCGGCAAAAAUAUGAAGUGAGUCGGGUCAAAAAGAUUCAGGACACGCUGCAGAAUGACAUAAAAGAUCUGAAGAAGAAAUACACUAAGCUGGAGAAAGUCUCCAAAGUCAACAAGGAUCCCGUACGAUACUUUGAUGAUGUGACAGCAGCUGUGUCAGUGGCCAGAGGUAAAGUACUGGAGAAGAUUAAUAAGGAAUGGAUGAAGAUCUCAAAGACAGUGACUGAAGUGGAUGUUAGAUUGUUGCCUGAUCCCCAGACCAAAGCUGACUUUUCACAAUAUGCAGGCCCUAAAAAUAUUUUCGAACUGGAUCCAAACACAGCGAGCAUGAAGAUACAAUUAUCUGAAGAUAACAUGAAGGCAACCAAUCAUAUGACAGAGCCACAGUCAUAUGAUGACCACGCAGACAGAUUCAUGGCUAGGUCUCAGGUUCUGUGUAGAAAAGCUCUGACUAAUCGUUGUUACUGGGAAGUGGAGUGGAGUGGUUUAGGAGUUUCAGUAGCAGUCACAUACAAAGAUGUUCCCAGAACAGGAAAGGAAAGUGCAUUUGGGGACAAUGACAAGUCUUGGGCACUAGAGUUUAGUAAAACGAUUUGUCAUUUCAAACACAACCGUGAAAAAAAGGCCAUUUCUGUCCCUGAAUCCUCAAGGAUUGGUGUUUUAUUGGAUCCAAAGGCAGGAGUUCUGUCCUUCCACAGCGUCUCUGAAACCAUCACCCUCCUCCACAGAGUGGAGACCAAAUUCACUCAGCCGCUCUAUGCUGGACUCGGUGUUUAUUAUAAUGGAGCUUCUGCUACAUUUUGUGACACCAAGGUCGAACAACUGUCAAGUGAGGUCAGUGAAAACUAAAUGGACAUUAUUUUUGUGAGAUCUGCUGAGAUGUGUGAUCUCACAAAGAGUUGUUCAUAUCAUUGUCUCCCAGAAAACAAUGAGCAGAAUAUCUUUUGUAACCUUUUGUUAGAUUUCUUUUUUGUGUGCCUUUUUUUCAAUAUUUAUUUUGGGUAGGGACAUAGGGGCUCAGAUAAAUAAAACAUAUAUACAGUCUUUAACAUAAGUUAACGUAAGUUAUGUAAGUAAUGUAAGGGGAGUUUUGAGUAGAUGAUUGCAGUGUGUUAGCAAUUGGCUAACCUAGCUGCUAGCUGAAGGUGUCUCAGUCUGUAGGGACUGAACAAAGGAGCUGGAGGGUCACCGGUUCAACUCCCAGAAUGGACCAAGUACUGAGAGAGUACUAUAAAAAGUUGUUAUUUUACCACCGCCUUCCCCUAGCCUGCAUAAUAUUAAGAUGGUUGAAAUGGUUGUGCUGCAUCUCGAGUAAAUCAUUAGAAUUCUUUAACUCAGUCGAUAAUCCAAAAAUAUUUAAAAGUGAAAUGCGUGCCUGUUAGUCACGUGAGGGACAACCUCUGACAUACAGGAUCUUGUUUUUUCUAUAUUAACAUGUAUUUGUAUUUUCUCAUUUGUUAGUCAAAUAUUCUUGGUGCACGUUGUUUUUCACAACAGGUUUCACAAGUUGUGCUUUUGAAAAGGGAAAAUCAGACGUCUGAAAACAGGUGUGGACAUGUCCCCAGUGUAAAAAACAUCUAUAUGGGUGUAUGUAAUGUUUUGUUAGAUAUUAAUAUUGUUGUUGUCAUAUUAUCUCAUGUUGACGAUGCACUACAAGUCUUCUCUUUGUAAUCAUUUCAUAUUUGAUCAUGUGUGUUGUAUUGCUGUCAAUCUGUAAUGCAGAAAAAAUGUAUGUUACUAAUCAUUAAUUAGAACAUUGACUUGAUUGUGUUUUGAAAUGUAGAAAUGUAAUGUAAA